AUGAUGUUCGGCCUCGGCGGCCUCGGCGGCCUCGGCGGCCUCGGCCUCGGCUUCGACGACAACGAUGGCGGGAGCGGCCGCUUCGGUCGCUACGCCAGGAAGUCGGGUGCGGCGGAGCGCCGCGAGGACGCCGCGCGCGCCUCGUUCACUGCCGCGCUCACGGACACAGUGAUCCAAGGCGAGGCAGCUCUGGUGUCAGACCUGCUGUUACCGUCUGUGCAUCUUACGUCAGCGUCCUGGACGGACUUCAGCCGGUGGGUGCGAACCCACCCUGGGUGUAAGGCCACGCGUCGGGCCGCGACCGAGGCCGAGAAGCGAGCGCACAAGCAGACGCGGCAGGGAACGUGCUACUGGGUCAGUGUUGUCAUCUCGGCGGAGGCGCAGGUGCAAGCGCUCGGCGGCGCGCCGCGACCCGCCCCAUCCGCGAUCAAGCGUGAGGACGGAGAAGACGGAGGAGUAGGCCACGUGCCUGCGGCGGGCGGGAAGAAGCGCAAGGCGGCGGUGCCCUGCCAGAAGGCGACCGAGCGCAAGUUCUGCGGGGCGUGGAAGGCGGCCGAGGAGGCGCAGCUGCAGCAGCUCGUGCACGCGCUCGGCGAGGGUGUGGUGUGGGAGGAUGUGGCCUCGAGGCUGGGCACGGGGCGCAGCGGCAGCGCGGUGCGCGAGCACUGGGCCGAGCACAGGAAGCGGCGCAAGGCGGCCGACGAGCUCCAAGCUAAACUGCGCGAGGAGGCGGACGAGGAGCGUGCCGAGGCGGCGUCGGCGGCUCCUCGCGUCGCGCUGAAGCUGCCGUGGCCUCCGCAGGCGGGCGCGGCAGCCGCCGUCGUGCCGCAGGACGUGACGGACCUCACGCUGACCUCGCCGAUGCGCAGCUGCGUCUUGUCCGACGGGCCGCCGCUCCCGCCCACCACGCUGCCGCCGCUCCCGCCCACGCUGCGAAGGCUGCGGCUCGUCCACGCCGCCGCUCACCUGUCCGAGGAGGGCUGGGCGGCCAUCAGCGGCUGUAUCUCGUUGCGCGAGUUGGACAUCGACUGGGGAGGUGACGAGCUCGCCCGCCUCGACACGCCGCCGCCCGACCUGCGCACGCUGCGCCUCACGCACGUCGACUACGCCCGCGGCUCCAGCAGGCCGCCACCCGCCUUCUUUGAGCGGCUGGGCGCGCGGCGCACCCUCCGCACCCUCGUUGUCUCCGGGUCUUGCGACCUUCCGGCGGCGUGCCUCCACGCGCUGCGCGGCUGCCCGCUGCGCGAGCUAGUGCUCGAGGGCGGCCGCGACGACGGCUACGCGCUCGCCCAUCCGCACGCCGCCGCGCUGCCGACGCUCGUCGCGCUCGCUCCCGGGCUGCGCACACUCGAGCUCACGGGCACCGACCUGAGCAAGCGCGAGGCGGCCGCGCUCAACAACCGGCUGCCGCCCGGCUGCAGUGCGACCCACUUCCCGCCGCCGAAGAAGGACUUCGAGCCGUACUACGAGUGGGCGCAGCGGCAGCAGGAGGCUGAGGAGGCGGGAGCGCCGCGGACCUCCGGCCGCAUCUCGCCACAGUACGACAAGUACGGCUACUCGGGCUGGGGCAACUACCGCCGGCGGCACGACUUCUCGCGAUCCACGUCGCACCGCGAGGAGCACGGCAUUCACGGGCUCGAGCCCUUUGACCGCGCCGCGCCCGACUUCCAGGAGGAGUGGUGGCCGACGCCAGAGUGCGCCGCCAUCGGCACCGAGAUGUGCUUCAAUCGUCAAUGCGCGUCCUGGAGCGCCAUCUCAUGCAGCGAGCCCUUCUUCCUCGACCUCUGGGCCAACGACACCUGCCCACAAUGCCGCGGCUGCUGCGCUGUGCCGGAACCACCCUCGCCUCCACCACUCUCGCCGCCCUCGCCUCCGCCGCUCCCCCCUCCGCCGCCCUCGCCUCCGCCGCUCCCCCCUCCGCCGCCCUCCCCUCCGCCGCCCCCGUCCCCGCCGCCCUUGCCGCCGCCGCCCCCCGCCGGCCCGCCCCACAGCCCCAGCUACACGAGCUUCGCCCGCAAGUCGCUCGCACACAUGGCAGGCACUCUCGCCUUUGGCAAGGCGCAGUGCGACGCGGGCAGGCGCGAGGACGCGCCCUCGUGCGCGUGCGGCAUCGUCAGCGGCGGCGGCGGCGCGUGCUGCGCCGUGAGCUGCGGCGGGUGCGACGCGUGCCCUCACCCGGGCGCCGUUGCCUACCCGCAGCUCUGCUGCGCGAACAGCAUACAGGAGCGGCGCGCGCCGUGCCGCUCGCCGUUCGAGGUGGGCUGUGUCGUCAUCCUCUCUCCUCCCCUGCCGCCGCCUUCGCCUCUGCCGCCGCCGCCGCCCUCUGCUCCGUCGCCGCCACCGCCACCGCCACCGUCACCGCCGCCGCCCUCUGCUCCGUCACCGCCACCGCCACCGCCACCGUCACCGCCUCUGCCCCCGCCACCGUCACCGUCACCGCCUCUGCCCCCGCCACCGUCACCGUCACCGUCACCGGGCCCGCCCGCGCCUCCCUCGCCGCCGCCGCCCUCACCGCCGCCCUCACCGCCGCCUCCGUCUCCACCGCCGCCGUCGCUGCUGUCCUCUCUUUGGGACGUAGGCAUGCUGAGUGGCGCCGCCGCCGUGCCCUUUAUGUGUGGGGCGGCGUUGGUGGUGGCAGUGGCUUGGGUGGCCAAGAGGGGCUUCCAGCGUGGUAGAGAGACGCGCUUCCAGCGGAUGGCGGACGAUGGCGGCACCGCCGUGGUGACCGAGCACUCAAACGACUCCUCUAUGUUGCUGUUCGACCUCGCGCGAAACGCGAAGAGGGCGCAGGAGGCCACGCUCAAGGAGAAGAUUGAGGAGGCCACGCUCAGGGAGAAGAUUGAGGAGGCCACGCUCAGGGAGAAGAUUGCGGCGCUCUCCAGGGAGCUUGCCCAGAUUGAGGCCGCCACCGACGAAAGCCCCCCACCCGAGGAGGGGCGGCCGGAAGAUGGGAAGGAGGGUCGCGGGGCACGCGGCGCGGCGGGGCGAGCCGACAUGACCGAAGAGCGCGAGUGUGCGGAGCAGCCGGAGGUGCACGCCGUCGCCUCCGACAGCCUCUCCCACUCCGAGUUCACGCUGCCGCCUCCGGCAGCUGGCUGGCGCUUUGAGGCGGCGGCGACGGUGCUGCACCACGGCUUCGGGCUCAGGCUUCCCACGCUGUGCUUUCGGGCCGAGGGUCCCUGCCGCCGGUACGGCGUCGCGAUCCUCGACGUACGGGCGCGCCGGCUCGUCAACUUUCGAGAGACUGCGCCGUGGGCGGAGGCGGCGGCGUCUCCGAGCGUCGUCGGGCGUGGAGCCGCCGCCGCCGCGAGCGGCCCUCCGUCGCCAGAGCGAGAGGAGAGCCUCCUCCUCCUCGAUGGACCCAUCCUCUGUGUCGCGGUCUGCGGCGGCGGCGGCGGCGGCGGCGGCGGUCCUGGCGGCGGCGAUGGCGGUCCUGUCGGUGGCGAUGGCGGCGGAGGCGGCGACGCAACAGGAGACUGCAACGGCCACGGCCACGGCCACGGCGAUGGCCCCUCUCCCCCCUCCUCCUUCGGCUCUCUGUCGUGGCUGCCGGCCUGCGGCGUCGUCGCGCCCGGGUCGGGGAGCGGAGGGGCGGCGGCUGGGCUGUGGCUCGGCACGGCCAGCGGGGUGGUGCUUCGCUUCUCGGUGGCGGCGGCGGCGAUCGAGCAAGCGCUGGACGCUCCGGACGCGGGCGCGGGCGCGGCGGGCGCGGCGGCGGCGGUGUUCGACCUCGGCAAGGGCGCGGACGGGAGCACCUCGCUGCCGGCGGACGAGGGGCUCGAGCCACUCUCGCUCACGUGCGCCGCCGACGAGUCUCUCGCCGUGCGGUGCGCGGGUGUUGCCGCGGGAGGAGAGCCGGGCGCGAUCGUCCUCGGCGCAUCGGGCGGCCUGGUGUGCCGUCUUGCCGGCGCCGACGCGUUCGCUGCCGACGAUGUGCUUCGGUGCGGACAUGCGCAGCUGGUGGCGUGGGGGCUGGCCGGUGGCGGCUGCGGCUGCGUGCUCGUGAGCGCGGCGCGCUGCUGGGUCGAGGCGUCGGGCCACGCGCCCCGGGUGGAGGCCGAUCCGUCGGCGGCGGGCCGUUGGCAGCACACCGACGCCAUCGCCGCGGCUCUCGCCGGGCGCGCGGACGCGGGCCGAGCGGCGGUGGAGGCUGCCCUGGCGACGCAGCGGGCGCACGGGCUGCUGUACGCGCACGCGCUGCGCCGGAUCGCCUCCGCCACAGAUCGGCGAAGCGGCGAGGCGAGGGGAGGGAGGGGGGGAGGGGGCGCCGCGGCGGCGGAGGAGGAGGAGGAGCACGCCGACAUUGCCGCCGCUAUCGACACCGCUGACGCCUCCCCCUCCCCUCUCCUCUCGGAGUGGGCGGCGGCGGAGAGGCUGUCAGCCGAGCUGCUGCCCGACGAGACGGCGGAGCUGCUGCUGGCGGUGCCGCACCCGCCGCCCCUCCUCCUGGUGCCGCUGCCGCCCCUCCUCUCGCUGCUCGCCUCCUCGCACGCCGGCCUCCUCCUCUGCUGGACGAGCCGGGGGCCUCACGCCGACAUUUCGCGCGCCGCCGCUCCCGCGGGCGCCGGUGGGUGGGCGCUCUGUGCUGCCAUCGGGCUGCCUCGCUCCGCACUGCGCGUCGAGGGCGGCGCGCCAGACAGCGACGACGCAAAGUCGCUCCUCCUCUGCGCCGUGGCGGCGGCGGCGGCCGAGCUGCCGGACGCCGCACUAAGCGGCUGCUCGCACGCGCGGCGCACGCUCGCCGCGUGCGAGAGGCCGCCGGCGCCCGAGGAGCUCGCGCGCUCCGUCGCGCGCUGGCAGGCCGCCACCGACGAGGAGGCGGCGCAGCUGGCCGGCGUGCUGGCCGCCAGCUGA